GGGUGGCAGGGAGGAGCCGUCUCCUUUCAGGCAAGCGUGUCCGCUCUUUAAGCUCUGCUCCAUCUCUCCAAGAGGAUCCAAUGCACAAAUAGAGGAUGGAUGGGGAGGCGAGUGCUGGCAGGAACAGCACCCGGAGGGGAGCUCACGCAGUAGAAGAUGGUGCAGGAGGAGGCCUGGAGGUUCAGGUUGUACCACUGGGGCUUUAUGAUUCUGCAAGAGCCAAAAUAGACGCAAAUCUCCGCUGGUUGUUUGCCAAAGCUUACGGUGUAGAUCACAUCCCUGUGGACCUACUAGACCCUUUCUACACUGACCAGUAUGAGCAAGAACACAUUAAACCACCCAUCAUCCACCUGCUGCUGUCUGGCGAGCUCUAUUGCCGGGUGUGUGAGCUGAUCCUGCAUGCCAAGCAGUCUGCCUCUCUCCAAAGCCAUCAGUCUAUCAUACAGACACUGUCCAGGAAAGGCAUCUAUGUCCUGGAGACGGACAACACCCCUGUUUCUGAUCUGGACCUUCAGUCGAAUCCCAUCAAGAUGAACUCCCACAUCCACCUCAUCGAUGCCCUCAUGAUGGCCUACACUGCAGAGAUGAUCAGCAUAGAGAAUGUGGUCUCCAGUGUCAAGCGUUUCUCCAACUUCAGUGCCUCCAAGGAGCUGCCGUUUGACCUGGAGGAUGCAAUGAUCAUGUGGAUCAACAAGGUGAACAUGAAGCUGAGGGAGAUCACAGACAAACAGCUGAAAAUGAAGCAGCAUUUCCUGGAUUCACCCAGUCACCAAAAGUCUCCCUCCAAAUGGUACUGGAAGCUUGUCCCUGUACGUUACCGCAGAGAUCACCUGUCAGGUUGUAAGCUUCAGUGUUUCCCUCUGCUGGAAGACCUGUUGAAGGACGUGUCUGACGGCAUGGCUCUUCUGGCUGUGAUCCACUUCUACUGUCCAGAACUCAUCAGACUAGAAGAUAUCUAUCUGAAGGAGGUUCCAUCAAUAGCAGAUAGUCUUUAUAACAUCCGCCUUCUGAGGGAGUUUUCUAAUGAUUACCUGAACAAAUGCUUCUACCUCAAGCCAGAGGACAUGUUGUAUUCUCCACCAGUACUGAAGAUUAAUGUGAUGCUGUUUAUCGCAGAGCUCUUUUGGUGGUUUGAGGUCGUGAAGCCAGACUUUGUUCAACCCAGACACCUUCAGGAAGUUAGAGAUGUGAGAUUGCUGCUGCAGGCGAAGAGUACUCAACCCCACGUUCCCAUAUCCAGCAACACCAAACGUUUCCAGGUGUCAUCAAACUCUCCUGAUGUCUUGGCUACACCCACAAUCCCAGAUCUCAGUAACAAGUCAAACUCAUCAAGCCCAGGCCAUGCUUUUCAAAGACGGAGACAACAGAAGGUGCCUGAGAAUGAUGGGACAGCAGAGCAAAGAAAAAGGGCGGACUGUCUGACACACGCCGAUGGGCAACCUAAGGGCUCAUUAUUGCCUUGGCCAGAGAGAAGGCUGAGACCUUUACCCCAACCUGUGCCCUUUGCCCUGCAAUUUCCUGUGGAGGGUGGUGGGGACAGCACCGGCCUUGCUUGCUUCGUCAACAAAGACAGCUUGGCCUCCAACGUUAUGAGCAUUACCCCCAAACACAUGCUGAGGUCAGGUCCCCAAAUACCUCCUUAUAGCCUGAGUGGUCAGAGCCUUUUAGGUCACAUUCGCAUAGAGGAUGAGGAAGAGAUUGUAGAGGAGGAAGAGCUGGUUGCUGUUAUUCAUCCUUAUGAGUUUUCUCAACAUCAGGUUGAAAGCAACAUGGAGCAGGAUGAAUUGGAAAUACAAAAUGUUUCCACUGCAAAUGUUUCUAAAACCCGCUACUCUCCUUGCCUUCGCACCAGUCUCUUCAUAUCAGACCAGCAAGGAGAGAGCUACUAUCUAGAACCCUUGAUGCCUGCAGUUGUAAAAUCUGCCAAAGAGAAGAGCAUCAACCUGAGCAAGGAAGCGGAGAGUGGAGAGAGUGCUGCAAGAGCAACAAAAACAGCAAGAAAAACAAGCACUCUUCCAAGUACUUCACAUUGGAAAAUCCCUGUGACGGAAUCAAACAAUCUCAAAAGUACUUUUAUCCACGGGGAAUCAGUCAGUGGCCCUCUCCAGCUACCCAGAGAAGGAUCUGUAGACAGUUCACAGCAGUCCCAUGGUUUUUUUCUUCAUUUGUCAGGAGACCCAGAGACUCCAAACCAGGUAGUUCUCCCUGAAGAGGACCGUGACAGUCCUUUCUCCACUGGGUUGGAGGUUGGGUAUGAAUCUGACUCUGACAUUGCAGACCUUGUAGAAGAUGAGGAGGAGGAUCAGAUGCAGCUGGCCAAAGAGUUGGUGGUGAGACAAAAGCUAAAGUGCUUCGAGGACGGAGAUGCAUCUGUAUUUGGAGAGGGCGAGUCAGCCAAAUUGAGAGAAGACAUGAAGGUGAGUGAGCGAGGUGAUAAGGAAAAUUUUAGUGGGUGUUCCAGCCCAUGCCUCAGUACCGCGUCCUGGGUGAGCACCUGCAGCACUUCAGGCAGCACUAGUAUGAGGAUGACGAGCUUUGCAGAGCGCAAGCUGCACAAAAUUUACCUCCGUGACGGGUUUUCAAGUACCAGUAGUUCCCAGAAGACUACCCCCGAUGGUUCUGACAACACACCGUGCCCUCCCUGGCAACUGAAGAGUGAUGCUAGUUCCAGUGGUCUAGGGAAGGAACCUGGUUCAGAGUUGGGAAGGAGUGCUACGUCUUGUUCCCCAGUAGUGCCUUCAGAGUUGCUGCAACUUCACAUGCAACUAGAAGAACAAAGACGUGCUAUUGAAUAUCAGAAGAAAAAGAUGGAAGCCCUAUCAGCACGGCAGCGACUGAAACUAGGGAAAGCUGCAUUCUUCAACAUAGUGAAGAAGGGGGGUGGGAAGAGUGACACACUUCCCCAGCCCUUGAAACACCCUCAGGAAAUCUCAGAACUAACUGAUACAGAUAGGGGUAAAGUGAAGUUCCUGCCCUGCAAAGACGACUCCUGUCUUGAGGCUUUGAAGGGUCAGGCAAAGUCUGUUAAAACAAGGGGAGGACCACUGCACAGAGACAAUGCAAUCAACGCCAGUCCAUUGGUUAAGGACAGUGGUACUGAGCCUGACUUGAAUGAGUGUUCCCGAUCUAUAGAGCUACUCAAUGAUGCUCUUAGUUGUAUUCAACAGCAAAUGAUGCAGCUUUCCUUCCAGCAAAAACUGCUGAUGAAUCAAAGUGCAGUCUCUUCUCCAGGAUCUCAAGAAUUAGACUCAAGCCCAACAGCCAACACAGCACAAACAAAAGUCUCUACCUCAGACUCCAAAUCUUUUUCUGUCGUUCAAUUUGUCGAUAUUGGCAGGAGCCAUUCUGGGCCUGCUCGCUGCCCUCCCAGGCUGAGCUCAAGUCAACGCAAGUCCGGCAGCAAAACCUCAGAGUUAAAACAGAUCAAGGAGAAGGCAUCCAUCAAGUCCAACUCCCAACCCCAAAAAUGUGCACCUUCUUUUAAUGAAAGCUCUUGUGGAGACCAGGUGAGUGGAGGAGUUGUUGAGAGUUCCAAGUUAGAAAGAAGUAUUGUCAGAAAAACCACCUUCAGGGUCCAUGAUAAUCACAACCAACUAUCCAACAGAGAGGGAAAUAUCUCUGAGGAACUCCAGUCACAGGAUCCACCAGUCAUCUUCAGUACUGUUGUGUCUAGCUCAGAGAGUGUAGAAGAGGAUGAACCUGUUGAAUCAGGAAAAGAGGCUGUGUGUGGGAUUGAGAGUACCACAGCCAAAAGUCAACUGAUUGAGGUUGACAUAUCAGAACUCAAGGAGCCACUGGAGGAUGGCAGCGCACAUGUUCCGGACUGCUCUGAAGACAGGGAGCAAAAGAAUGCGUUGGGCUUCUUCUUCAAGGAUGAUGAGAAGGCAGAAGAUGAAAUGGCGAAACGCCGCACUGCCUUUCUCCGCAAACAGCAGCGCAAAGCUGAAGAAGCAAGACUGCGCAAACAGCAGCAAGAAGCCGAGAGUGAGCUAAAACGUGACGAGGCAAGGCGUAAGGCAGAAGAGGAGCGAGUACGUAAAGAGGAAGAGAAGGCACGCAGAGAGCUGAUUAAGCAGGAGUACCUUCGCAGGAAGCAGCAGGCACUGAUUGAAGAGCAGGGUCUUGUCAAUCCUCGUCCAAGGACUAAAUCACGCAGGGGUAGACCCAAGUCAUUGCACCGCGAGGGGUUCAACAGUCUCUCUAAAGGAACCACCACACCUGAACCAAGUGACAGUCACCGAGGAUCCACUCUCUCCUUGGCCACUGAGGCAGAUAGCGUAAUGUCUGCAGGGGCAGAGACACAAAGGGCUGGAUCAUUGUGCUCUGUGGAGUUGUUGCCAAUCCUGAGCAGAGGCUCUUGUAGGAACAUGGAGAAAGACUGCGAGAAUGGCUCCAUAGCUUCUUCCAUCAUGUCAGCUGAGUACACUGGUCCUAAACUCUUUAAAGAGCCAAGCUCCAAGUCCAACAAGCCGAUCAUCAUCAAUGCCAUCGCUCAUUGCUGCCUGGCUGGAAAGGUUAAUGAGCCCCAGAAGAAUGUCAUCCUGGAGGAGGUAGAAAAGUGUGAGUCCAAUCACCUGAUUAUCCUCUUCCGAGAUGGCGGCUGCCAGUUCCGUGCCAUUUACUUGUUCUCGCCAGAAACUGAGGAGAUCAUAAAGUUUACGGGAACAGGACCACGGACUGUCAGUGGGAAGAUGAUCGACAAACUUUAUAAAUACAACUCGGACCGCAAGCAGUUCACCAUCAUCCCAGCCAAGACUGUGUCUGUCAGUGUUGACGCCUUGACCAUCCACAAUCACCUUUGGCAGGUCAAGAGGCUAGGCAGCUCGCGGAGGAAGUAGGAAAACGACACAUUUUGGGAAAAAAAACUCAGUUGCUGGUCUGUUAGUGUUGGGCCGGACCCAAUACGGAUGAGCACCCUGAGGUGAUCAAGUGA